CUUCCGGUUUAAACUCGAUUAAGUAGGCCUAGCAUUUUACUGAAACUGAUGUUAUUUUUUAACAGUGAUUUAGUCUGACUCGUCUUCAACAUAAAAAUUUUAAUUUUUAAAAUGCUUAAGUUAUCUAGAUCGCCACUUACUUUGUGUACAAGGUGCUUUGAAGUUCUUUUAAAAAAGCCUUCUACAAAUACGAUUAGAAAUGAAGCUAUAAAAUUUACCGGCACAAGGUCAUCGUCGUCAAAAAACAGCUGCAUCACUCAGUUUUCUCCCAUCCAACCUCGGGCUAGGAUUAAUCCUGUAGCGUAUACGCUUAUCUGCCAACAACAACAAUUUUUGUUGAAACACUAUUCAAAUUCGUCUGAUCCCAGCCUACCACCUAAAAAGAAAGAUUAUUCAGGGGCGACUCCUGUGUCAUGGAAAUUACUGUUGACUGUUGGUUGUAUUGGUGCUGGUGUCUUGAUGUGGAUGCAGUACCUGAAAAAGGAAAAACAAUUACGGAUAAAAAAUGCAAGCCAAAAGUAUUAUGGGAAAGCAAAACUAGGAGGGGACUGGGAGUUGACAGAUCACCAUGGUAACAAAAGGUCAAGUAAGGAUUUCAGGGGUCAGUGGAUUCUAAUUUAUUUUGGCUUCACUCAUUGCCCUGACGUCUGCCCCGAGGAGAUGGAAAAGAUUGUUAAUGUCAUUAAAAAAACAGAUGCUGAUAAAAAUCUCCCAAAGAUACAGCCCUUGAUUAUCACAGUAGAUCCUGAGAGGGACACCCCUGAAGCAUUGAAAGAAUACUGUGGUGAGUUUUCUCCCAGGUUGCUAGGCUUUACUGGAACAGUCGAUGAAAUUCAUGCCGCAACUAAAGCUUUUCGGGUGUACUUUAGUGCUGGACCCAAGGAUGAGGACCAAGAUUAUAUAGUCGACCACUCCAUAAUCGCAUAUCUGAUGAAUCCUGAAGGAGAAUUUGUUGAUUUCUUUGGCCAAGACAAGAAGGCUGAACAAAUAUAUGGCCUGAUCCAGCAGCAUAUUCUAAAAUACCAGCAAGAGAAGAAAAAAUCCAGUGCAUAAUUAACAAACUUAUCUGGUCAAGCUGUUUUGUUGAAGAUUUUUGUUUCUGUUGGGAAAUUUAUAUUUCAUUGGCAUGUUAUGGAUGAAAAAGAACAUCAGUUGUUUCAAGUAUAGAUUUGGUCAUUGUUAAAUCCAUGUAUCAUCUUGUAUGAACAUGGAAGUAAAAAAAAUGCUGUAACACUUAGUUUCUACUCUUCAAUUUUUGUCAUAUUGAAAGUAUUCUAAAACAUUACACAUCCUGCAAGUUGAUUCCAAAUUAAUUCAUUACAAAUUUCUUUUGUCAAAAGAAGGCCUAUGUUUUUGUAUUUACCUACAAAAAAUAUUUAGAACGAGCCGACCCGCGGCAUAUUAUACGCUGCUAUUUAGUUGUUGUUUUUUCUACUUUUCAGUUAUUCAUUAUUUGUGAAUUCGACACUACCAACGCUGCCACUGAAAAUAU